AUGAACACAGGUAAUGCAGCAAGCACCACACAACAGCCACAUAUAACAGAAACUUUUGUACAGAAAAUCCUAGCGCAUCUAGAUAAUACAGACAUAAACAAGUUAAAUGAUUUCUUAAGUCUCUUCAAACCGGGUGGCGCAUCGAAGAUCAUAUUCAAUAGCCAACCUUUCAACGAUCCUAUGGUGUUUCUCACAAUGUGGCAACAACAGGUUGUCACCACUCAACACAGUCUGACUUCGAUAGAUUACCACGUGAUUCCUGGUUCGGGGACGCUCAUAUGCAACGUUAAUGCAAAAGUAAGGUUCGAUGAAAGUGGUAGAGAUAAAGCGGGGCAGGAUUCUAUCAUAAGAGACAAUACUACUAUGACCACUAGUAACAAUCAAUCGAAUAGAAGGAAUCUCUGGGGACCAUAUUUUGGCAUAUCUUUACAAUUAAUCAUUGACGAUAGAAUCUAUAGAAAUGAUUUCAAUGGGGUCAUCGGUUGUUUCAAUUAUAAUAUGGUAUACAAACCAGAAGAUACGUUAAUCAAGAUAAAUUAG